AUGGCCCAACAAUCGAAAUAUUCGGAAGGCUGGCUCGGUCUGGAGCAAGCACUUGGUAUGCGGCCUAUCCUGAAGGGAAGUGCUCUUGAAAUGCGUAAGCAGUACAACGAGCUCGGGAGAGUGCUGGCAUCACAAUCCCCUUCCCCGUCCACUGCAGUCCAGGCAGCUGACCGUGACGUCGAUGGCCUCAAGUUGAGGAUCUACACGCCAACGCAUGUGGGAUCAGGGGAACUCCUACCUAUUGGUGUCUUUGCUCAUGCUGGAGGGCUCGUGAUGGGAGAUAUCGACAGCGAGGAUACGCUAUGUCGAGCCGUUGCUGAGAAGACCCCAAGUAUUAUCAUCAGCGUGAACUACAGAUUGGCCCCGGAACACAAAAGUCCCGCUCAGCUUGAAGACAUGGCUAAUGCUCUGAGAUGGGCCUACGGGAAUGCCUCUGUCUUUGGAGGGGAUAGAAGCAAGUUAUUUACCAUCGGGACCUCUGCCGGUGGAGGCCUUGCGCUCGCUAUUAGUCGAAUGACCCUACUGGGACAGUCCAGCCUUCCGAAGGACGCGGUUAAAGGGGUCGUUGCCCUGGCCCCUGUCACCAUGUACCCUGCCAAAGUACCAAAGAAGUGGGCACACCGAUAUCUUUCGUACUUCGAGAAUGGUGAAGAUGUUCCUAUUAUCAAUAGGUCCGCCAUCGAUGAGCUCUUUACCGCUGCUGUCGUCAGGGAGGCCGGCGAGAAGUUUUUUGUUGGCCUGGACGAAUCAACCCAUCGGCUGUUUCCCCCCACAUACAUCGUGACUUGUGGAGUCGAUCCGUUAAGGGACGACGGGGCAAUUCUGGCAGAAUCUUUCAAAUUCAACGGCGUCAAGGUCAAAUAUGACACCUACGAGGGACUGCCGCAUAUGUUUUGGAUGUUUCCAAGCCUGCCCGAGACCUCAGCGUUCAUGAGCAAAUUAUUGGACGGAGUCAACUAUGUACUUCAGAAGCUCUAG